AUGGGAGGCCUCUUCGGGAACAAGACGCCGUAUUCGGACCCUCGACGCCCCGCGGACCGCGCGGGGAGUCACGCCGGCGCGUCCGCCGCGGCCGCGCAGUUCGAGCAGAUGCAUCUCAGAGACCAGAACGCGCGACGAGCGCAUCCUCACGGGACGACGUCGCACGCGACGGGCGCGGCGCCCGUCGGCGGCGUCUCCGGCGGCGGAUCCCGCGUCCUCGUCGGCACCGCGAGAAACUUCCCGUCGCUCCUGCGCCUCACGAACGAGGAGCUCCGGACGCUGUUGACGGACCAGACCGCGUUCGCGACGUUCCUCCACGACACCGAGGAAGCGAAAGACGCGAGGGCGUUCACGAGAGACCUUCGGAACGAGAUCGCGGGGAUGUGCGCGGUCAACAUCGAGAUGGCGGACGAGGCGAGGGACCUCAAGGCGCAGCUGAAGAUCAUCGGCUCGUGCGACCAGGCGCGUUCUAUCUCACACUGGUUCCCAUACGACCGCGUUGGCGUGGUGAACGCGCCCGUGCUCGCCGAGCACGAGGAGGUUCGAAAGCGCGCGGAGGAGGUGAUGCGGAAUUACGACUUGGACACCGUGUUGGACGCGCUGAGGCGUCGCGCGGCGAAGCUGGACGAGGAGUGCGAGGCCAUGGACGAGAAGCUGCAGUCGGGGAAGAUGACGGCGGAUGAGUUUUGCAAAGAGUACCCGGCGCUGAGGCAGAGGUACCACGAGGACGCGCUCAAGGCGGCGAUCGUGCAGCCGGCGCUGGAGUCGCGGCGCGGCGGCGGCCCGCCGCCGCCGCCUCCUCCUCCUCCUCCGCCGCAUUACCCGAGAUGA